UAGGCAACAGGGUAAGCUUGCCCAGACUCGUCCAAGCACAAGCCAUAUUUGAGAUUGAGCUGGCUUGAGCUGGCAAAUGCAAUUGCGAGGGGCCAGCGAGGUACUCCGUUUAAGCCUAACUUUGCUGAUAUGGCAUCUGUUCAAUGAGCUGGCGACUCGGAGGUACUUAAGGAUGAAUCAUAACGACUUUGGAACCCAGGUUGGCGAACGUUGCCGGAGGCUCAAAUGGUUCUGUCCUGAUCCCGUCCUGGGUCUGCCCAGAAGCGCAAAUUUUGUCCAAAUUCUGAUAAAUAAAGACCUUUUGUAGAGGCGUUUUUGUUAGAGUAUUUAGCUAGAAAUCCAUAGCGCAGCUCAGCUGGAAACAUAGAAAUAUGAAAAUUCAACCCCCUUCUAUAACUGUGUCCAAUUCGGUCUAGUUGUUUAUCCAAGAUUUGCUUGAGCUUUCUUAUCAAUUUGGGCUGUGAACGGUAGUGAAAAUUAGAGUUGUUUUAUACACUGUGGCAUGCCUUUGGACGGGACCCGAUGUGCAGUGUGCCGCACCUCUACUAUGAUUACCCAUCCUUGCAACACAAGGAAAUUGUAUGCGUGGCUUAUUUGCAAUUUGCCCAUAAUAGGGGAGCUCACACCUGGCAGCUUGCGCGCUUGCGGUCACCUAGU